AGUUGGUCUUUGUUCCGCCUGUGUAUGUGUUUGUUACGCCCGGCCCCUGUCGCGCCGUCAGGCCGCGCUGACCGCCCGCGUUGCCAGGGCAGCGGCGGCGGCGGCAGGAGCGGCUCCCGCCGCCAUGAGCAGGAAGAGGCUGCAGUUCCUGGCGGAAUCGCUGAGCCGAUCCACCAAGCACUUUAGCGAAGUCGAAGUGGAAUGUCUGAUCAAGCUCUUCGACGCGCUGCUGGCCAGGUCCUGCAGCCAGUUCGCUGUGUCCGGCUUCAACCGCAUCGCGUUCAGAGACACCCUGUUCGCCGCCUUUGGCAUGACGGACGACGUGGUCUUGGACCGAGUGUUCAGCACUUUUGAUAGAAGCAACAGUGGCUGCAUCACUGUGGUGGAGUGGGUGGAAGGCUUAGCAAUAUUACUUCGGGGGACAUUGGAAGAGAAGAUUAAAUACUGUUUUGCGGUUUAUGACCUGAAUGGUGAUGGAUACAUUUCAAGAGAGGAAAUGUUUCAAAUGCUGAAGGACACCCUUAUCAAACAACCAGCAGAUGAGGACCCUGAUGAGGCAAUUAAGGACUUGAUAGAGAUAGUACUGAAGAAAAUGGACUAUGAUCAUGAUGGCAAGCUUUCUUUUGCGGACUUUGAACAAGCAGUCAAAGAUGAAAAUCUUCUCUUAGAAGCCUUUGGACCAUGUUUGCCAGACAUAAAGAGCAGGAUUGCAUUUGAAGAGAGAGUUUUCCCGGACACUCGUAAACUGUAACUCCAUUGUUGAAUACUGUUGUGAAGGGUGUUUUUCUUCACCAUUCUUCAUGAUACAGUAAAAAUAGGAGCAACUUGAAACUACUGUUUCAGUAUUCCUUUACUGUAAAAUUUACAGCAUAAAAAGAAUUUACUUCCAUGACUCUACCUAAAUAAAGUUCUUCAAUGUUA